AGGAAGAAAAACACAGCCAAGCGGUUUGUCUGCCCAACCGGCGGAGAAACAGCCGGACUGUAGCGGUUAACCUGCUCCAUUACCCAGGUCCUGUCUGCUCCAUUCCCCAGGUCCUGUCUGCUCCAUUCCCCAGGUCCUGUCUGCUCCAUUCCCCAGGUCCUGUCUGCUCCAUUCCCCAGCUCCUACCUGUUCCAUUCCCCAGCUACUGACUGCCUUUCUGCGGGAGAUGUUUGACCUAAAGGGCGGCUGGAACAUCUCGUUCGCCGGUUGCGGUUUUUUAGGGGUUUAUCACAUCGGGGUGGCGAGCUGUCUGCUGGAGCAGGCACCCUACCUCAUCAAAGGAGCCAACAAGAUCUUCGGAGCUUCUGCAGGAGCCCUGACUGCCUCUGUCCUCACCACCCAGGCCUGCUUAGAAAAGUGCUGUGAGGAUGUGAUCGAUGUGGCUAAAGAGGCUCGGAAGCGCAACCUGGGUCCAUUACACCCCACCUUCAACCUGGUGAAGGUGGUGCGCUCGGGCCUGCAGCGUGACCUACCUGAAGACGCACACAUUCGUGCCUCCGGUAAACUGUUCAUCUCUCUCACGCGCGUCAGUGACGGAGCGAAUGUGCUGGUAUCAGACUUCUCUUCUAAAGAUGAGCUCAUCCAGGCACUUAUCUGUAGCUGUUUUAUCCCUGUGUAUUGUGGGCUGAUCCCUCCUGCCUUCCGCGGAGUUAGGUAUGUGGACGGUGGGAUGAGUGAUAAUAUGCCCCAGUCAGAGUUUAAGAACACCAUCACCAUUUCUCCUUUCUCUGGAGAGAACGACAUCUGUCCCAAAGAUAACUCCAGCAGCUUCCAUGAGCUGCGGGUCACCAACACCAGCAUUCAGGUCAACUGGGGAAACGUGUACAGGCUCAGCAAGGCCCUCUUCCCUCCAGAGCCCAAGGUAUUGGCUGAGAUGUGUCAGAGCGGGUACAGAGAUGCCUUCAGGUUCCUCAAAACCAACAAUCUGCUGGGAACUGCGUGCCCAACCACAGACCUGGUCCUGAUGCAGGACACGCCCACCUGCUGCUGCACCAGUAUAAAAAACACUGACGUCUCAGAAUCCACAAAGAACUGGCUACUGCGGAGACUCCGCCUCCUGAGAACACACCACUGGUGGCUGGAUGAGCAGCUUGUUAAUAACCUUCCCACACCCAUUAAAAAAGUGUUCUGUGAAGCAUGUAGAGAGAAGCAGGGCCUGUUUUCUCAGAUCACUGAUCUGUUGCCAGUACGCGUGGCCUCGUACCUGCUAAUGCCCUGCACUCUUCCAGUGGAGUCUGCGUACUCUGUGGUUCAGAGGUUUAUGGAGUGGAUUCCAGAAAUGCCGACAGACGCACGCUGUCUUUACAAGGUGGUAGGAAGUGUUUACCGACACUCGUGGAAAAAUGCUCCAAAAUCGGGAAGUGGAAUUCCUGUGAGACGGUGUGUGAGUGGGCCGCCUGCAUUAUCCAUGAAGCCACCUACAUUGGAGCAUGAAGGAUUCCUGCCAUUUUCAGCCAUUGAUCUCCAUCGUUUAAACUGGGAUUUACCAAACACCCCUGAGGAGCCUCUGACUCCUGACACAUCCAGCCCCACCCAUAAAGAGAUCUGCUUUUUUGUUGACUCAGAGGACGACUCUGAAUGAACUCUGAACUCUGUGCAGGGACAUGAAUGGACAAUCUUUACCAAAGUACCAAAGACACAUGUUUUCUAUUUCUUUAUGUACUGUAAGUAACAUAAGCUAACAUAGGGCUACCUUCACAUUAGAAGUCUGAAAAAAAAAAAACAGUAUUGGUUCUCCAUUAGGGGUGGGCAAACAUUAUUUCAAGAAUACACUACUGCAACAAAAUGAAAAUUAAAUUGUAUUAUUGCAUACAAUAUGAUAUGGCACACCCCUAACUGAGAUUUAAAAAAAAUACACAAAUUUGAUCAGAUAUGUAACAGAAGUCAAUGAUCCAGAAUGUCAUGAUACUAAUAAUAAUAAUGCACUCCAAAUAUCUCCAUAUAUCCAGGAUUAAAGUAAAAUAAAUGAUACUGGACAGAUAUAAUCUGUCUCUAGUAGAUAUAUAAUGGGAAAUGAGAACAGUGUGAAUUUUUCUUUUGCUAAAAACAGCAAAAAAGUAGUACCCUGAUGUGAUAAUUAGGGUUGGGUGAUAUGGCACCAUAUUUCAGAGUAUAAUAUUGUUCACAAUUCAGAAAUUUUGGUGAUAUUAUUGCGUACGAUACGAUAUGGCACACCCCUAUACACCAUCAUAAAUCUAAGGGCCAUGUCCACACAGCCCUGGAAAUGUCAGAUCUGGGUCACAUUAAGGCAAAAAAAUCAGAUUUACAUAAAUUAUUUCAGCCUGGUAAUGUGAACGUAGCCUAUGUUCCCAAGUGUCCUUAAAAAAAACAAUAAAUAAAACUUGAUAUUGAUAUUAAAGCUUUAAAAAGCAAUAAAGGUGCCAUAGAAUGGAUGUUUUAUUUGUUAAUCGUUCAGUGAUGUCUACAUAGAAUAUGCAGCUCUGGAAAAAAUUAAGAGGCGACUUCAGUUUCUGAAUCAGUUUCUCUGAUUAUGCUAUUUAUAGUUUUAUGUUUGAGUAAAAUGAACAUUGUUGUUUUAUUUUAUAAACUACAGACAACAUUUCUCCCAAAUUCCAAAUAAAAAUAUUGUCAUUUAGAGCAUUUAUUUGCAGAAAAUGAGAAAUGGCUGAAACAACAAAAAAUUUGGUGGAAUAAUUCUGGUUUUUAAUCAGUUUUGAUGCAUCUUGGAAUCAUGUUCUCCUCCACCAGUCUUACACACUGCUUUUGGAUAACUUUAUGCUGCUUUACUCCCAGUGCAAAAAAUCAAGCAGUUCAGUUUGGUUUGAUGGCUUGUGAUCAUCCAUCUUCCUCUUGAUUAUAUUCCAGAGGUUUUCAAUUUGGUAAAAUCAAAGAAACUCAUCGUUUUUAAAUGAUCUCUUAUUUUUUUCCAGAACUGUAUGUAUUUUCAGAUGUGCUUUUACCUGCCCAUUUACCACACUAUGAGUUGUGAGGUCUUGUAUAAUUUAAUGAACUCUGCUCUGAUUAACUGGUUUACAGCAAGAUGCUAAAAUGGUUCACAGAAUCAACAUUUCAAAAUAAACCUUUUUUGUGAUUAUUGUUUAAAUAAUAAUACUAAUCAGAACAAUUCCUAUAGAGCUCCACAGCACUGCUUUAACAGGGGCAAUAUUUAUGCUCACCAAUGUUACUGACUCACAUCCUGACCAUUAUUGAAAUGUGACUACAAAAUAAUGGCUAAAAGUAUCAGCAAAGAAUAUUUUGUGCAUAAAUGUCAUAUUGUGUACUUUUAUGCAAAAAAUCUGCUUUUUUUUGGUGUUCGUUUUCGAUUUUGUUGCUCUGAUGUUUUGUUCUUCAAUAGCAAUAUUGAACUAUGUACAUUUUAGAGAUGUAAAUGUUAAUGAUGUUCUGCAAUAGUUUUUUUCCAAAAAGAUUUUGGAAUUGCCUUGUUUUUACCAUCGUGUUUUGGUUUACAAAAUAUGCUUUAAAAAAAAAUCAUUGUCUAUGGUUCUUAGUAUUUUAAUUCCACAUACACAUUUAGUUCCAGUUUUCCAUUCUAUGGCACUUUAAAAGUACAUAAUGUAUGUUAUAUGUAUGAAAUGUUACAUCAUGUUACUAACUACAACAUACUGUAUAUUAGAACACAUUUAUUUAAUAACCCAUACAUUCUUCCUCAUUAUCUGAAUAGUCUUAAUUGUCAUUUUUAAAUUAGGAUCUUAAAGGUACUACUAAGUUAUUAACUAUUGAAAAUGCUCAUGUGCAGGGAGAAUAUUGCAAUAUUUUGACAAUCUACUUCUGGUUGUGCGUUUAUUUCAGUGAUGCCUGAAGUUGUGAAUUAUUUGGUUUUAAAUUAAAACUAAUUUUUAAAAAAAGUGCAUUAAAACAAUUUUUACAAUACAA